GGGGUGGUGCCGAGCCGGAGGGGCCAUGGCGGAACCGGUGCGGGAGGAGCUCUCGGCCUUGGCCGCGAUUUUCUGCGGGCCUGACGAGUGGGAGGUGCUGAGCCACUCAGAAACAGAUGGGACCGUGUUCAGAAUUCUCACAAAAGCUGAAGGACUUACGGAUACAUGUGUACCCUUAGAAUUGGUGUUCCAUUUGCCGGUCAAUUACCCUUCUUGUCUACCUGGUAUCUCAAUUAGUUCUGAACACCUGACCCGGGCUCAGUGCAUGACUGUGAAAGAGAAGGUACUUGAGCAAGCCAAGAACUUUUUGUUGGAACCUAUGGUUUAUGAGCUGGUUCUCUGGAUCCAGCAGAAUCUCAGGUACUUUCUCAACCAACCGGAAUCAGGAAGCAGCAGUAAACAGCACACUUCUGCAGCAAGCCCACCUAUGGAUGAUGAAUUGUGGAUGACUCUUUUGCAUUUAGAUCACAUGAGGGCAAAGGCGAAAUAUGUCAAAAUUGUAGAGAGAUGGGCUUCCGAUUUAAGGCUGACAGGAAGACUGCUGUUCAUGGGUAAAAUAAUAUUGAUUUUACUGCAAGGAGACAGACACAACAUCAAGGAGUACCUGAUUCUUCAGAAAACCUCCAAAGUAGAUGUGGACUCAAGUGGAAAGAAAUGUAAAGAGAAAAUGAUUAGUGUACUAUUUGAAACAAAAGUACAGAAAGAACACAAAAGGUUUUUGGCAUUUGAAGUCAAAGAGUAUUCAUCGCUGGAUGAAUUACAAAAGGAAUUCAAAACUGCAGGACUUCAGAAGCUUUUCUCUGAAUUUGUGCUGGGGCUGGUAAAAUAAAAUGGAAGAUAGAUAUCUUUAAGUAAAACAA